AUGAUGAGUUACAUGGAAAAGCCUGAAGAUAUUACGAAAGACGAAUGGAUGGACAAACUGAACAAUGUACAAAUACAGAGGGCUGACAUGAACCGGCUUAUUAUGAAUUACCUGGUGACAGAGGGGUUUAAAGAGGCAGCUGAGAAGUUCCGGAUGGAGUCUGGGAUCGAGCCCAGUGUGGACCUGGACUCGCUGGAUGAGAGGAUAAAGAUCAGAGAGAUGAUCCUAAAGGGACAAAUACAGGAGGCCAUCGCACUCAUCAACCGCUUACACCCAGAACUGCUUGACACCAAGCGCUACCUGUACUUUCACCUGCAGCAACAGCACUUGAUUGAGUUAAUCAGGCUGCGGGAGACGGAGUCUGCGUUGGAGUUUGCCCAGACACAGCUGGCAGAGCAGGGGGAGGAGAGCAGGGAGUGCUUGACAGAGAUGGAGAGGACGCUGGCUCUUCUUGCCUUCGAUACCCCAGAGGAGUCGCCCUUUGGAGACCUGCUUAACAUGAUGCAGCGACAGAAGGUGUGGAGUGAGGUGAACCAGGCUGUGUUGGACUAUGAGAACAGGGAGUCAACGCCCAAGCUGGCCAAGCUACUCAAGCUGCUGUUAUGGGCUCAGAACGAGCUGGACCAGAAGAAAGUAAAAUACCCCAAAAUGACAGACCUCAGCAAAGGCAUUAUUGAGGAUCCCAAGUGAAAUGACGAGCAGUGACAUAGACUACCAUACUUCCUUUCUCCUAUUUAUAAUCUGUGAAAGACUGGAUGAUAACGGGAAAAUAACAUGUAUAUAAAUACUUUUUUCAUGUUGCAUAUAUGAGAGGACUUAAUUGAGUGUGCAAAUGCUAUAUGGCUGUAUUUAAAAAAAAA